AUGUCAGACCGCGAAUUUGGAGGCAACGACGAGCUUUCGCUCCCGAAAGCCACCGUCCAGAAGAUCAUCAACGAGAUCCUCGCAAAUGACCCGGGCGUCACGUUCGCCAAGGAGACGCGUGACCUCUUGAUCGAGUGCUGUGUUGAGUUCAUCACCAUGAUCUCCUCCGAGGCAAACGAUAUCGCCGAGAAGGAAGCGAAGAAGACGAUCGCAUGCGAGCACGUCAAGGCUGCGCUGGAGGACUUCGGCUUUGGAAACUACGUGGACGACAUCAUGCAGGUCGCGGCGGACCAGCGCAAGCAGCAGAUGAACCGCGAGAAGAAGCAGAGCAAGAUCGAGCAAAGUGGUCUCAGCGAGGAGGAGCUGAUCAGGCAGCAGCAGGAGCUCUUCCGGUCCGCCACCGACAAGUUCAACUCGGGUCCGCACGAGGCAGCGAGCUAUAAGCGCUACGUGCUGUUCACCGCGAAGCAGCUCAACCGUCAAGCCGCCAAAGCUGGCAAGGAUGAGCAGACCGAGAAGACGAAGCUCGAAAAGGCUAUGAAGCAGGGCCACAACGACAUCGCCAAAAUCUACGCCCAGAACGCCAUAAGGAAGCAGAAUGAAAAGCUCAACCUGCUGCGUUUGGCGUCGCGCAUCGACGCUGUCAGCAGCAGGGUACAAACAGCGGUGACGAUGCGUCAGGUCACGGGUAGCAUGGCGAACGUGGUCAAAGGCAUGGACUCGGCCAUGAAGACUAUGGACCUGGAAAAGAUCUCCGCAGUCAUGGACAAAUUCGAGACGCAGUUCGAGGACCUGGACGUCGCGACUGGCUAUUACGAAAACGCCACCUCCUCGGCCACGGCCGUCGGCACACCACAAGAGGACGUCGACCGUCUGAUGGCGCAGGCCGCGGACAAGGCGGGAGUCGAGCUCAACCAGGAACUCGAGGGCGCUACGCCUGCCAAGACGAAGAUUGGUCCUACCGAGGAGAUGGAAGAUGGCCUCAACGAGCGCCUCAGGGCUCUGAGGAACUAA